UAACUAUGCAAUGACCAUCACAAAAGGUUCAUUGAAAAAAAGCAAAAGGUUGAAGAAGAAAUUCUUCUAGCAAUGGCUUCCUCUAUGAUUUCCUCUGCAGCUGUUGCCACCAGAACCAACGUUGCUCAAACCAACAUGGUUGCACCUUUCACUGGCCUAAAAUCUGCUGUUUCUUUCCCUGUUUCAAGGAAGCAAAACCUUGACAUCACUUCCAUUGCUAGCAAUGGUGGAAGAGUCCAGUGCAUGCAGGUGUGGCCACCAAUUAACAUGAAGAAGUACGAGACUCUCUCAUACCUUCCUGACUUGUCAGACGAGCAACUGCUCAAGGAAAUUGAGUACCUUUUGAAAAAUGGAUGGGUUCCUUGUUUGGAAUUCGAGACUGAGCACGGAUUUGUCUACCGUGAGAACAACAAGACACCAGGAUACUAUGAUGGCAGGUACUGGACAAUGUGGAAGUUGCCCAUGUUUGGGUGCACUGAUGCCACCCAGGUCUUGGCUGAGGUCGGAGAGGCCAAGAAGGCUUACCCACAGGCCUGGAUCAGAAUUAUCGGAUUCGACAACGUUCGUCAAGUGCAGUGCAUCAGUUUCAUUGCCUACAAGCCAGAAGGCUACUAAGUUUCAUAUUAGGAACAACUUACCCUAAUUGUCUUCUUUUAGGGGUAGUUUGUUUUUGAAUGGUACUUAGGUUCUUUUUUCCUAAUUUGUCCACAAAACAGUUUAUGUUUUCCAUAAUUUCUAUUCGGUGUAUGUAUGUUUUUUGGAUUCCAGCCAAGUUAUGAGGACCUAAUAAUAUGAUGAUUUGGUGCUUUGUUUGUAAA